AUGCCAUUUACUUGUAACCAUGGUGCUGAACUUUGUUCCGCGGAUUGGGUGGCUUUUAAUAUUAAUGAUGAUAUAGAACCUAAAGGUGAUGAAAAAGCUUACCUAAUCAAAUCUAUUUUCAAAAAUGACUUUUAUCUUGUACUUGUUACGGAUCUACGGCGUAUUUGGUUUGAAGAAUUAAGAGGCAUGGAGAUAAUUGCACGUGCAAAAGAGAUAGAAACAGGUUUAGAUAUUACGGAUGAACUUCAAUUACCAAAUUUGUUAACACUUCUCUCUGAACUUUUGAAAGUUCAAAGAGAGGAUUCAACAUAUGAUGUCGAACUAGUCAACAACAAGGCAACAAUGCCUUUUUUUUCUCAUGCUUCAUUUAAUUACCAACAUGCUAAUAAUAUAUGUCACAAAACCGAAAAUAUGGAGAUUAAUGCUCUCGAUGAACAAUCAGUUCUUUAUCAACAUUUUAUACUACCUAUGAUGCAUAUUACGUUAGAAUAUAGAGAGCAAGUGAACCUCUUAAAAACUAUGAUUAAGGAUAAAGAAAAUGAUGUGACUGAAAUGCUAGAAUUAUUAAAUAAAGCAAAAUUAUCUGAUUGUGAUAGAAGUAAGCGAUUUCAACUUCAUAUCAACUAA